AGGUAACCCCAUAUGUGAAAUGCAGAUGACAUCAUUUCCGGACUGGUCCAUUUAUGGGAUAUUGGGGAACUUGACUGUAUAGUCCUCAUGAGCCUACUGCAAGGAACAUAAUUCAGAGAUGUGUCUGCUGUUGUUCCUAAUCAAUCAUAAUAAAAAGCAGCCCUUCCGACUGAUUUUAGCAAAUAAUAGGGAUGAGUUCUAUCAACGGCCAGCUAAACAAGCUUGGAAAUGGGAUCAGUCAUCAAUCAUUGGAGGACAAGAUUUGAUGGAAGGACGUGAAGGUGGAACAUGGCUGGCAGUGGACUCUACCUCUGGGCAUAUUGGAUGUCUUCUGAAUAUCCUCAUGCCUGCAAAUGGCAUGAAUCCUCAAGCUAAGGGGAGGGGAUUCCUUAUAAAUGAUUAUCUGAAUGGAUCCUGCACAUCAUAUGAUUAUGUGACACCCCUGUUGAAACAAAAGUCAUACAAUCCAUUCCGUCUGGUCUUACUCCAUCCAGAUUUGAAUGGGGACUUUGAGGCUACUUCAGUAUCCAAUGCAGAGAGUGGAGAAUUGAUCCAUGGAAUGAAAGAAGGAGUAUUUGCAUUUGGAAAUUCUGCUCCAGGGCCACAGCUCCUACAACCACCUAUUUGCAUCGUGUGUGCCUGCAAGCAUCUUCCUGUAAGCAAGUCCUGGAACAAUCCAAAGUUAGAUGGAGGAAACGAGUUCAGUAUGUUUUCUCCUUGUCUCAGUACCGUUGUGUCAAGAUAUGCCUGCCUCGCUCGACCUCGACACGGGACGUCA